AUGUUCAUAUUUUCAUUCGUCAAUUCCCAUCUCCGCACAAAUCUCAAUUGCUCUAAUUUAACACAAAUCGCUCCUGCUCGCGCGUCGCCCGCUGUGCUCCGCCGUCGGAACCUCGGCCGCGAGCUUGCCGUGAGACCUCAGCCCUCGUCGGAGGUCCUCGACGUCCGCCCUCCACCUUCGGUCUCGGCCGUGAGUUUCCUUGUCCCAAUCACAAUAACUCUUCCAGCAAUGGCAACAACGCCGAUGAUCCCACCUGCCGCCGGCGCAAAUCCGGCCAUGGACGGCAUCACGCCUCCAGCACCAGCUCCACCGCCUCCCGGAACUGACAUGACUGGAAUCAGCUUCCGGGACCAGCUAUGGCUAAACACAUAUCCACUCGAUCGAAACCUAGUUUUCGAUUAUUUUGCCUUGUCUCCGUUUUACGAUUACUCGUGUAAUAAUGAGCAGCUUCGCCUCCGCGCUAUUCACCCCCUCGAUAUAUCACAGCUUUCGAAGAUGACCGGAACAGAGUAUAUGUUGAGUGAAGUGUUGGAGCCGCAUCUGUUUGUCUUUAGGAAGCAAAAGAGGGACGGCCCUGAGAAAGUGACACCCACGCUAACUUAUUACAUUUUGGAUGGAUCAAUAUACCAAGCGCCUCAGCUUUGCAAUGUGUUUGCAUCUCGAGUUGGACGUGCUCUGUACCAUAUAUCAAAGUCUUUUAAUACUGCAGCAUCAAAGUUGGAGAAAAUUGGAUAUGUUGAUUCUGAAAACGAGAGUAAAUCCUCUGAAACCAAAGCUGCCAAAGAGACCAUUGACAUUAAGGAAAUUAAGCGGCUGGACCAUAUUCUUGCAUCACUCCAACGCAAGCUGCCGCCAGCCCCACCGCCGCCUCCUUUUCCGGAUGGCUAUGCCCCUCCGACUGCCGAAGCGGAUAAAAGCUCCGACACCCAACAAACAGAGGCCUUGCCGCCUGUGGACCCAAUCAUCGAUCAAGGCCCACCGAAAAGAAUGAAAUUUUGA